UGAGGUACAGCUGGACUUCUCCAUAAUCUCUUACUAUAUUUCUCCCCUAGGAAUGGCCAAUGGCUUUCUCAUGGAAGUAUGCGUUGAUUCAGUGGAGUCUGCCGUGAAUGCAGAAAGGGGAGGUGCUGGCCGCCUUGAAUUGUGUGCUAAUCUGAUGGAAGGAGGAACUACACCUAGCAUUGGCCUUUUGCAAGUAGUGAAGCAAUGUAUAAGGGUGCCUGUAUUUGUGAUGAUCCGUCCCCGAGGGGGGGAUUUCCUCUAUUCUGACCGGGAAGUGGACGUGAUGAAGGCUGACAUCCGACUGGCCAAGCAAUAUGGGGCUGAUGGGCUGGUAUUUGGAGCCUUGACUGAGGAUGGGCGUGUAGACACAGAGCUCUGCACAGCAUUGUUGGCUGUUUCUCGCCCCCUGCCAGUCACCUUUCAUAGAGCUUUUGACAUGGUCUAUGACCCACUGGCAGCCUUGGAGACAUUGAUAUCACUGGGGUUCGAACGAGUGUUGACCAGUGGCUGUGACAGCUCAGCCCUGGAGGGGCUGCCCUUAUUAAAACGGCUAAUGGAUCAGGCCAAGGGCAGAAUUGUUGUUGUGCCAGGGGGAGGCAUAACCGAGAGAAACCUGCAGCGAAUCUUGGAGGGCUCUGGCACGUCUGAGUUUCACUGCUCAGCUCGCUCAGCUAGUGACUCUGGCAUGAAGUUCAGGAAUCCCAGCGUAACCAUGGGAGGCUACCUCUCUGCAUCUGAAUAUUCCAUCAAGGUGGCAGACGUGGCCAAAGUGAGGACCCUGAAUGCAAUUGCAAAGAACAUCCUGUAGAAAAAAAAUGCUGUGUAUAGAUAGGAAGACCCAGAGUCCUGGGAUCUGCCCAGGCUUUAGAUGUAGACAUUUCAACAUCAUCCCAGCCAGAGCUUAAAGGACAUGGGCCAAUCAAAUGAA